AUGAAUGAAAUUGAAAUUGCUGCUAUAUUACAUGUACAAUACCGGGGAUCUGCAGUCUUACAUUGUAUCAUUCUAUAUCAAAAUGGCCACAGUGGUCCAAAAUCCUCUGAAAUCGCAAUCAAGUGGAACCGUCAUAAAAAACAGCCUUGGUGAGGAGUUUUACCGCGAGGCCAUAGAGCACUGCCGCAGUUAUAAUGCUCGACUUUGUGCCGAGCGCUCCAUGCGCCUGCCUUUCCUCGACUCCCAAACAGGCGUUGCACAGAGUAACUGCUACAUAUGGAUGGAGAAGACCCAUCGUGGGCCAGGUGUGGCUCCAGGACAGCUCUAUACCUAUCCAGCACGUUGCUGGAGAAAGAAGAGACGGUUAAACAUCUUAGAGGAUCCACGUCUUGGACCCAUCGAGUUUAAAAUCGACUAUGAAACAGCACUAAAGAAGGAAGGGGGUGUUCCUGAGGGGCCUGUGCUGGAGUCACUCCUCAGUGGGGAACUGCUGGAUAAGAAAAUUGAAACAAAGGAGGAGGAACCCAUGAGUGAAUGCCAGAAACUGCUGGUGGGAGAUUUUCCUCACGAGCUGGACAUGGAAGAGAUGGAAGAGGACGUUCCCAAACGCAAGAAUCGCACCAAAGGACGGGCAUGUGGUGUUGGGGGGAUGAGAAAGAGACAGGACCCAGCAUCCCUAGAGGAUAGAGACAAGCCAUAUGUGUGUGACAUUUGUGGGAAGCGCUACAAGAACCGCCCAGGUUUGAGUUACCAUUACACUCACACACACCUGGCAGACGAGGAGGGUGAGGAAGACUCCGAGCGGCACACACUGCCCUUCCAGCGCAAGAACAACCACAAACCCAAAAAAGCAGCUGAUGGUUCUGUCAUCCCAAACGGCUACUGUGACUUCUGUCUAGGAGGCUCCAAGAAAACAGGCUGUCCUGAAGAUCUAAUUUCCUGUGCGGACUGCGGCCGGUCAGGUCAUCCGUCGUGUCUGCAGUUCACCGUCAACAUGACGGCGGCGGUGAGGACCUACCGCUGGCAGUGCAUCGAGUGCAAAUCAUGCAGCCUGUGUGGGACAUCAGAGAACGAUGAUCAGCUUUUAUUCUGUGAUGAUUGUGACAGAGGGUAUCAUAUGUAUUGUCUAAGCCCCCCUAUGUCGGAGCCUCCGGAGGGGAGCUGGAGUUGCCAUCUGUGUCUGCGCCAGCUAAAGGAAAAAGCGUCCGCCUACAUCACACUAACCUAAUCUCCGUGCCCUACUUCACCCUAGCAGUCUCAUCCUACUCUAUCCCAUCAUCACAGAUCCAAAGAGACUCCCCCAACAUCCACCAGAAGAGAACAACUUUCAUCUGCCCAUUGCCUGUGUGGUGACAGCAAGGAAAACGUAGGGUGCGACUAACAUUUUGUAUGUCAACUGGGACUCAAGCAGACCUUUCCUCGUCAGUCCCUCCAAAGAGUUCUUUCCUUCAAUGAUCAGAGAGGUCUUCUUCUUGUCUGACUCCAUCUUAUGGUGGCUAGACAAGUAGUGCCAAACGGUUUGUCGCUGAGGAGACAUUUUGCACAAAUCUGAGGUAGGGCAUGCAUGUCAGUGGGAGGAGUCUCUGUGACAUCAUUAGAGGACGCACCAACUGCAGAUGGGACGAGUGCCACUUGAUCUCACCGCAGCUUUUGGUGAGAGAUGGUAUCAACGUGCCAUUGAUUUUAUUUUAUUUUUUGCGGUAUAUUCUUCAGGAGCAGACACCAGCACAUAAUGAGAUCAUGUUUAGUCAUUAAAUUUGGCCUUAUUCUAGCUGUAAUUAGACUUCUGUUGUAGAGAUGAAUGAAUUCUUCAAUAAUUAAUAUCCCUUGAGGAUACAACUUUUGGUUCUUGCAACACAUUACAAAAAAGGUGAUAUAUCAUGAACAUAGUCUGUGUUAAAAGGAAUAUUGCAGGUUCAAUGCACGCACUUGUAGAAUAAAGUUGAUAACCACAAAACAUACUUAAUUUUUUACAGUGAAGUAGUCAAUUGCGGGAUCCACGGGACCUAACACAAAGAGACAUAAAAGGGAUAAUUAGUUACUCAAUUUUUUUUAUUUUUUUAAAUUUUUAAUUUACAGACUGUUUGUUUUAUUUGUCUAUUGCACACACACACACAAAAUCAACAAUUUAUAGAUGCAGAGUUUGAUAUUCUCAUCUAUUUUUCGAUUGUAUGCGACAAUGAACUAAUGAAACACCGUAGAGCAAAAUCCUUUUGCCUGCUGCGACAAAUGCCAAUAUGCAACUUGAGUCUGGCACCUGAGAUCUGAAGCAGAGAAUUGGUGGGAAUUGAAAAAAAAAAAUGUCUAUGACACUGGACUGAGACUGACAAAUCUGUCCAGACCUCAUCCUGCAGGCUUUAAAAACAAAAUCUUUAAAAACAAAGAUCGGUGCGGGACAAAACGUGAAAGUUGCCUGUGUGAGGAACGCGAUUGAAAAAUCUAUUCCUCACACUUACAAUGGAAAUGAAUGGGGCCAACCCGUAAACACUAAAAUUACUCAUUAUUUCAGAUAUAUAACCACAAGAUGCAAAAAUAAUGUG